AUGCCAUUACUCGUCAAUGUGAUUAAACAAGGGGAUGCUUCAGGGUUAAAAGGAUCAAUUCAUUCAAUUACACUCCCAACUAUCCGACAACGUCGUAUAUCCAUAAAUCUCAAGAAACCUUCAUCUACCCUAAAUCACACCAUCAAACUUGACCAACUCAGUCCCAUUCUGCGAACAAGCAAACGAAUCAACACAAACACCACCUCCACAGCAGCUCCCCGUCAAACACAUGAACCCGUCAUCGCAAUCUCCAUCUGCUUCACAGCUUGCUACAAAGUUUCCACACUCUGUCCAUUCAAACGCGACGCCAAGACCUUCAGAGUUCUUGCCGCAGAUGCAGCCUGUUCCUUCGAUGAUGGCUUCUCUUGGGGGCGCGUUCUUGUGGGUGCCCAGCUGAGGCUUGUUAUCGAUGGGAUUCGUGUCGCGCCGGCGAUGAGGCUGAGGUCAAAGGGGAUCUCGUCUACGUGGAGAGACUGGCAAAUGUCUGUCUCGAAGCUGCGUGCUCCGUACGAGGAGAAUGUCAACUGUUUGGAGAAAAAGGCGCGCAGAGCAGUCCAGAGCUUGGUGAUCUACCGUGAUAACGUCGAGGACAUCUUCCUUGAUUGCUUGCUGACACCUCAAGAACCCAGAUUCGGAACCAGGGAAUGCGCAGUCAAACUCCCAUCUUCCAAUUUCUUCGUCGACAUCAAUGUCUGCACAGACGGUACCCCCAACGAGAAGCUGGGGAUACUGUUUGAGAGACUUGUCGACUGGAUUACCGCACUGAUCCUCCAGAUACAGAACCUGUUUAAAGUCCAUGUCUUCCAUGAGCCUCUUUCGCUUGAUGGCAGCGCACUGUACGCCGGCAAGGUCGGCAAUCUGCUCGUACAUGCCCUUGAUCUCGAUCGUGAUAUGCGACAUCGAGUUCCCGGAAGGAUCAAAGACAGAGAGCUGCCCUCGACGGGAGAUAUCGACCAAGUAUGUUCCUCCCUGCUCAUCGCGAACAGUGAGGUACAGCGGAUUCAGUCCUUCACUCUCAAACUCGACAGACUCGAUAUACGGUAUCGGAAUAGAGACAUUCUCCUCCCGAAGUCUCGAGUUAUAGAGCAACGCACGUCUCGUCGCAUCGCCCUCGGGAUCCGGCCCCAGAGUAUGGCACGUCUCCUGCGAGAGAGCCGCGUCGUCGUGGCGUUGCCCCAGCGAGAUACAGUCUCGUUAAAGCUGCCGGAUGGGGCUGAUGUAGGCGUGGGACUUGUGGGAGCUGUGACAGAGUCGAUGGUCCCCGAGGGAGAGGACGUGGUAUCUCCACUAGGUGCAACACUGCUGCUUGGAGUCUGGCUUGGUAUGAAGUUGGAGAGUGUAGGCAGAGGAGGAAUGGGGAAUGGAGGGGUAGGAAACGGGAGACUCGGGAAUGGGAGAGUUCCUGACGGCCAGCUGACAGUCGGAAGGCUUAUACUCGAGUUGAUGGUUGGCAGGCUUAUACUUGCGUUCCAGCUAAUAGUCGGCAAGCUCACGCUCGAGUUCCAGCCCAUAAACGUCGAAGUGGGUGCAACGGUAGGAAGUGACACACCUCCUCCUCCGCUCCCCGAAGUUGGCGUUCCAGGAACGGGCCAAGGUAGCGAGCCGCUGGUGGUGGUGUUCCAGGUUGACCGGGUUGACCAGGAACGCGUCAUUCCAGGCUCGUUGAGAUCUGACGUGACAUCCGUGGUUGGUGAGAGUGGCCAGGUGCUCCAUGUCUUGUUCACAGCCUGUGAGACUGACGAGAUGGUUCCUUGGGUCGUCGGCAUUGGAGUUCCAGAGUCGGUGGUAUUCCACGAACCUCCUGUGGCGGUGGCUCUGGUAGCAGAGCUACGAGUGCUGUUACUUGGUGCUGGCCUUGUCCAAGGACGGUUGAUUGACGACGAAGCUGAUCGUGUUUCGUUCCAAGUGCCACUCGCCGUUGGAGUCAAUCCGCCGGUUGGAGUAUUCCAGGGACUCCCUCCUGCCGUCUCCCCAGAAGAUGGCAACGCGGGCCAAGUUGAGUUCCAAGAAACACUCGUGGUUGGCCUUGAGUUAUCAGGUUUAGUGUUAGAUGGGCUUUGGCUUGCUGGUUCCCCAGACGAUGACCAAGGCAAUAGAGUAUUGUUCCAAGAGCCAGAUGUCAUCGGCCCUGGUGUACCAGUCGUCGUCAUUGAGGUCGAGUUUGAGGCGACUUGGCCUGAAGCUUCUUCGGAGGACACAGCAGAUCGAGUCUGGUUCCAGGAACCAGGAGUUGGUGUUCCCGUCGUUGUCGUCCAGGUUGAACCCGAGGGAUUGCCACCAGAAGAGGACAAGGCAGAUCCAGUCGUCGCGUUCCGGGAACCAGUUGCCACUGAUUGCGACUCGUUGGAUGUUGCAGCUGAGGUCCCGUUUCCGGUCGCUUCCCCAAGAGAUGACGAAGCUGAAUCAGUCCCAUUCGAAGAGCCCGUAGGCGUCGACAUUGGCCCUUCCGUCGUUGUCAUCAACGUCGAAUCCGAUGGCCCUCCUGGCCUUCCAAUCUCAGACUGUGUCUCUGAAACACUCUGA